AUGUCUGACCGUGAUGAGUGUGCCGACUAUGACUCCAAGAGGUCACAAAGUCCCAGCAUCGACUCUCAAGCGUAUGCGAUCCCAAUGCCUGCUGAAAUAGUGAGCCAGCUGUCCGAAGGCAGUAGCGACGAUGAGGUGGAUAAUUCGAACAUAGAGGACAGUAACGGGGACAUGUUUUUGGAUAAUUUGGUUCCUGGAGCCAGCAGUGGGCUUUUUAUGGACUCACAGGAUGCGGGACCGAUGCUGGAUGUUUCUAAGUACAUAUUUGAUUCGUUAAUUCAGGCUAUUAACUCAGCCGAUUUUGCAGAAGCCAUCUCUUUGCAAACCAAGACAUCUGCUGUGAUUAAUGCGAGGAGUAUGAAACUGAAGCAAUUGAUAGAUAGCACCAAAGAGCAGUUGGCCCAUUUUAAGAGUCGCUUUGAGCGAGGUGCCGAGACAUCGAAAGCCAUGCGACACAACCUGCGACAGACCAGAGAGACAAUCAGCAAGAUCAAUGCUGAGCUUGGUACUGCAUAUCCUAUCGAGUUGAACCAAGCCAGGGAGAAAGUGCUGGAGCGUCAGUUUGGCGAGAGUCCUGAGAGUCAGUCAGAUCCAUGA